UUCUCCCGAAGAUUGUUGCUUUAUGAACUGGCUUGAUCGUUAGAAUCUGCUAUUGGAUCAGUAAUUCCGUUGUUGGCGUUGAAAUCAUGUGUUUUUUCUGAAGAAAUUGAAUUGGUUUGUAGCGGUUCUUCCAAAGAUGGAAAGGAAGGAAUGGAAUACUUUAAUCAAUCAAUGGUAGUUAAUUAAUUGCAAAAGGUGUUGAUCGUGUCGCGAUUCGGGACUGGAAGUCAAUGGAAAAGACCAUGAUUCAGAGUGAUCUCAAUACGGUAUGAUUUUAGAAGAGGUGUGAUGUCGCUUCACGCAGCUGCCAUGUGUUGACUCCUACCAUUUGCCAACUUUUCAGCAGCCGCCGCAGCCCUAGCUCGUGCUUGGAAGUUGGACCCCUUCCACAUCCCCAACUGAACGGUGAUUCUCCUUCGGUUCGACUCUUGGAUGGAAUAAUUGCAUUUAUUGCCUAUAUCCGGAGCCAAACGAUCAACACCGAGGUGAGCAACCUGCGUUAACGAUGCCGUGGUUGAGGAAUCUAAUCCGUCUGUCCACCGCCUUCGCAAAACAAUCGCCGUCGCCGCCGCUGCGGCGGGGAGUGGAGGCGAUGUUGAGAUCUAAUCCGGCGAUGUUCACCCAAUCCUUGCGGCAUUUUGGAACCGACGCUGUGAAUAGACGUCCAGGUUUAGAGCCGACAAAGGGGGACGAGAAGCCACGAGUGGUUGUUCUCGGAACUGGCUGGGCAGGGUGCAGGCUGAUCAAGGAUAUCGAUACUAAGAUUUACGAUAUUAUCUGUGUUUCGCCGAGAAAUCACAUGGUGUUCACUCCGCUCCUCGCUUCCACUUGCGUUGGCACGCUCGAAUUCCGGUCUGUCGCUGAGCCCAUCGGCAGGAUUCAGCCUGCAAUUUCUCGUGAGCCUGGAUCAUAUUUCUUCCUGGCGAAUUGUACUGGUGUUGAUUUCGAGAAUCACCAGAUUAACUGCCAAACCUUCAGCGAAGGGGUUGAUGCCAUUGAUCACUGGAAUUUUAAAAUUGCAUAUGACAAACUGGUAAUUGCUUCUGGGGCACAAGCAUCUACAUUUGGUAUCGAGGGAGCGAAAAAACAUGCUACAUUUCUUCGUGAGGUUCAUCAUGCUCAGGAGAUCAGGAGGAAAUUGCUAUUGAAUCUAAUGUUGUCAGAUGUGCCCGGAGUUUCUGAUGAGGAGAAGCGUAGGCUCCUGCACUGUGUUGUUGUUGGAGGAGGGCCAACUGGAGUUGAGUUCAGUGGUGAACUUAGUGACUUUAUACAGAGAGAUGUUCACCAACGAUACGCUCAUGUGAAAGAUUACAUUCAUGUCACUUUGGUUGAGGCUAAUGAGAUCUUAUCAUCCUUUGAUGAUCGCCUCAGAACAUAUGCAAUUAAGCAACUGACCAAGUCAGGAGUCCGUCUUGUCCGAGGAAUUGUGAAGGAUGUUCAACCUGAUAAGAUAAUUCUAAGUGAUGACACCACUAUUCCAUAUGGUGUCUUAGUGUGGUCUACAGGCGUUGGUCCUUCUCCGUUUGUGCAGUCUCUGGAAAUUCCCAAAUCGCCCGGUGGAAGGAUCGGAAUUGAUGAAUGGCUACGAGUCCCUUCUGUGCAGGAUGUGUUUGCAAUCGGAGAUUGCAGUGGGUUCCUUGAGAGUACGGGAAGACCUGUUCUUCCUGCCCUGGCCCAGGUAGCUGAGCGACAGGGUAAAUACCUUGCCCAGCUGUUGAACCAUGUAGGCAAGGCUGGUGGCGGGCAUGCCAAUGCUGCAAAAGACGCUGACUUUGGGAAUCCAUUUGUGUACCGGCAUUUAGGGAGCAUGGCUACCCUCGGGAGGUACAAAGCCCUUGUUGACCUGAGGCAGAGCAAGGAAGCCAAAGGCCUGUCGAUGGCAGGAUUCGUGAGCUGGUUCAUCUGGCGCUCGGCAUACCUGACCCGUGUCAUAAGCUGGAGGAACAGGUUUUAUGUGGCGAUCAACUGGUUCACAACGUUGAUUUUUGGGCGCGAUAUAAGCCGUAUAUAAACAAGACUGGAAGGAGGAUAAGGAUUUUGACAUGUGAGCUGUUGAAGGUGUCUAGAAAUGGUGGCCAAACACCAAUACACCAUGGCUGUCUCCUCCUACAGUGUUUGCUUGCUCUCUUAUCUGAUGAGUUUCCGGAAACGGAUGAAAUCAUUUCCCGGGCAUCCGAAUUCGAAUGUGGUAUGUUUAUGUUUACUUGAUGCGUUAAAAUUAGUGAUAAAAUUUGAAGUAUAGAACUCAUUCAAGUGUGUUGCUACAGCACAAUAUCAUAGAGGAUUUGAUUUGGUAGGCUUUUUAUCAUCUUUUAAUCUUUAUGAAAGUAGAUGAGUUGUUAUUGAUGUUUGAUUAGAUUUGAACUAAUAUUUUGUUGAUUACUUUCCAUACAUUCUGUAACAUAGAAAAUAUUUGACAAUGGAAUUGAAUAUCAGAAUCAUGAUGUUUAUUAUU